AUGUUUUUGAAGCCAGAGAAAUUGGAUGAAUUGGGCAAUCAAAUUGACCCCCCUGGUUUCCAAUUAAUCAUUUUACCUUAUGCUGAUGAAAUUCGCCAGGUUCCACCACACGCGGAAGUUCAGGACUAUCAAGAAGCUGCUGAUACCAUGAAAUCCAUCAUCCACACAUUGAAAAUCAAAGGCGGCUACGAUCCAAGCAAAUACCACAAUCCAUAUCUCGUCAACCACAAGAACAUGAUCCAAAGAGCUGCACUUGACACGGACCCAGAAGUGCCAGUUGAUAAGUGCGUGCCCAAUUACGAGUUGAUAGAAUCAGAACUUUCCGAUGAAAUCGACGCCUUUAAAAGAUCAAUUGGUCUGGACACACUUAGCAGCGAAGAUAUCUUAGAUAACCAGGUGCAAUCACAAACCAACAAGAGGGGAGCAAGCACCUCCAGCAGUUUAGUUACGGCUUCUAGUGAAGGACAACCAGCAAAGAAGUUAAAGGAAAUGACAAUUGCAGAACAUUGGAAAAAUGGUACACUGGAAAGGGUUACUAAUCCUUCGCUCAAAGAAUUUCUGACUGCUGUCAACAUCCAUCCAAAGAAACUGAAAAAGGAUUUGAUAGAUCAAGUCGACGGUUAUUUAAAAGUCAAGAUAGAAGACUAA